AUGAAGUUCGGUCGCAAUCUUCCUCGAAACGUUGUCCCGGAGUGGAGCUCCUCAUACAUCAACUACAAAGCUUUGAAAAAGCUCAUUAAAUCUGCUUCUGAUAGUCAAGAAGCACAGGACGAUGUUGACCUUGUUGGCUUUUUCUACUCGCUCGAUCGAAAUCUCGAGGAUGUAGACCACUUUUAUAACAAAAAGUUGGCCGACUUCACGCGACGCCUCAAAAUCUUGGAAGAUCGGUUUGGAAACUCCCUGGCUGCCGGACAAGCUCUCGAUGCAGAAGACAUUGGAGACCUUGUCACUGCUCUCCUAGAGCUUCGAGGACAGCUUCGUAAGCUGCAAUGGUACGGCGAGGUCAAUCGCCGCGGCUUCAUCAAAAUCACCAAGAAGCUCGAUAAGAAGAUUCCUGGAGCUGAAGCACAGAAGCGAUAUCUCGCGGCAAAGGUGGACCCUGCGCCGUUCGCGUCCAAUGCUCAACUCACUCAAGCAACCACCAAGAUCAAUGAGUGGCUUUCCAUCUUUGGGGACCGAAAGGUUUCAGAUGACUCUGACUCCGUCAAGUCUUUGACUCUAACAAAGGUUCCCUCUCGGCCAAGCCUGAAUGUGCCUCCCAGUUUGCUCUCAGCUGUCGACGCAGCGCUCCGAAAGGACGAUACUUCGGCUUUGUCAGAACAACUCGAAAGCUUGAAAGUCUUUGCCAAAGAGCAAGGAGAUCUUGUCUAUCCAAUGUUGCAAAAGAAUCUCCUGCAACGUGCGAUCGCUUGUCGGGCUAGAUCCUCCAUCGAGCUCUUGCUAGGGGAAAUUGAUUCACUAGAAGAACAGGAUGACAUCAACAAGCGGAACUGCAUUCAUCGACUUGUGAUCUCUAUUGGCAGAGCUCAGAGUACUUUGGACUCAGAUCCCGCUGGAACAAUCCCCUUGGAUUAUCCAGAGGAAUCCACCUAUAUUACCCCUGCGGCCGCACCCAGCUUACUGCCACCACGGAAUGUUGUAAAGGAAGCUCAACAGAAGCAGCUCUUGACUAGAGAUGAUGAGGCAGUCUCACUGUUGCAGUACUUGCUGGACCAUCUACGCCCAAAUCAAAGAUCCGGGCUGCUGGCCCAGGAUCUUUCCGGCAGAACUCCUCUUCAUUAUGGUUCCCAGUACGGAUUCAGAGUUGUUUGCGAAGUUAUCAUUGAACACCUUAAACAAUGGGAUAUGUUUGAUGUAUCCGAAGGUAUAGACGGCCCUAAUUGGCAAGAUUCGGAAGGCUGGGCUCCUUUACAUCUUAGUGUUGUUGGUGGACACCCCUUGACAACCAAAGCUCUCCUACAAGCGGAGGAGGAAUCCAAGGGAGCACCAAAGGACGGCGAAAGAAGCGCUAUCAGGAAGCAUAUCUCAAAGUCCAGCGCCGUAUUGGCAAUGGCAGUCAAGGCAAACUUUGUGGAUAUUGUCCAGUUGCUUGUUGAAGCAGGCGUCGACAUCAAUUAUCAAGAUGAGCAGGGUGAAACAGCUCUACAUGUUGCUGCUCGGUUCAACCAUAGUCAAUGCGCAAAGUUGCUAUUAGAUGGAACUGCAAACCAGAAAGCCAAUACGGAAUUAGCAGAAUCCACCUACUCAUGGACACCACUGUUCAUUGCAUGCGUGGAUGGUGCAUUGGCUGUUGCGGAACUUCUUAUCAAGGCGGGUGCUGAUCUGGAACGGCCGGACUCGUCAGGAUGGACUGCCAAGGAACAUGCAGCGCUUCGAGGUCAUCUAGAGAUAGCUAAACGCUUGGCUGAAGUUACCAAACCUCCCUCUGUUGAAGAGAAUGAUGUUACUAUAACAGUGCCGGCGCGCACGUCAUCGCCUCCUUUAGGGUCGUUGACCGAUCGCAGAUCCAAUGUCAAUGCUACUUCUUCGUCAAAUUAUGGUUCUCGAUCUGUGGAACCCCUCAAGACUUUCGGACAUAGGUACCUUACCGACGAAAGCAUGAUUCUGGUCAGUUUGGGUACUAUGGAUAUGCGAAAGACUUCCCCUCCUGUGAGUCUAGAUCGUAUACCUAUUACUAGUGCGCAUACUACUCAGCUGGACACCGCGCUAUCUGUCGUCGUAUCUGCUAGCGGCGCCCACGGGGAACCAGAGAUAAUCGAUCUUCCGGUUCAAGAUAGCAUCGUCACUGAGCCAAUUACUUUUUACUCGAAGGAUUUCACCAGCGUCAGGCUCUUGUUUGACUUGGUUCCCACGUACGCAGGAUCCACAAACCAGAUCGUGGGGCGAGGCGUAGCCUUGCUUUCUAGUAUCAGGCCAUCAAUUGGGUCUAAUCGCAUUAGUCUGCAAGGCGAUAUAACUGUGCCCAUCAUAGCUGCCAACACACUUGAAGUGAUUGGAACUUUGACCUUCAAUUUCCUUGUCGUCACCCCAUUCAGCCAUCCUAAGAUGUCCCUCAAUCAUGAUCAGACAUACUGGAAAACAGUCACCGCACCUAUGGUGAUUGGUCACCGAGGUCUUGGUAAGAACUUUGCAAGCCGAAGGUCUCUUCAGCUGGGAGAGAACACUGUUCAGUCAUUUAUUGCUGCUGCAAAUUUGGUACUGACUCUUGCGCAGUUUGACGUCCAACUCACUAAAGAUCACGUCCCUGUCAUUUACCAUGACUUCCUGGUCAGUGAGACCGGAAUUGAUGCACCGGUUCACACUCUUACCUUAGAACAAUUCCUUCAUCUCAACGAUACACGAUCACCACGACUAGAGGCCGUCGGCGUAGAUGCAUCCCAGCGUCCACGUGCAAUGUCUGUUGGUGAAGCACUUAUUGAUCCAGCAGCCCUAAGUGAAAAGAUGAAACACACUCGCGACUUCAAGGCGAAAGGUUUCAAGGGAAACACUCGUGGUAACCACAUUCAAGCGCCCUUUGCUACUCUGGAAGAACUAUUCAAGAAACUCCCUAAGUCCGUUGGAUUCAAUAUUGAGAUGAAGUAUCCUUCGUUAUACGAAAGUGAGGCAGAGGAAAUGGACACUUAUGCAGUCGAAGUCAACUCAUUCGUCGACACCGUCCUCGAAAAAGUCUACGACUUGGGCGAAGGCCGCAAUAUGAUUUUCUCCAGCUUCAACCCUGACAUAUGCCUGCUUUUGUCUUUCAAGCAGCCUUCGAUACCAGUUCUCUUCUUGACCGAUGCCGGUAGCAGUGAGGUUGGUGAUAUCCGUGCAAGCAGUCUCCAGGAAGCCAUUCGUUUCGCAUCUCGCUGGAAUCUACUGGGUAUUGUUUCUACCGCAGAACCUUUUGUCCUUUGCCCACGACUUGUACGCGUUGUCAAAGAAUCAGGACUCGUCUGUGUUUCAUAUGGAACACAAAACAAUGACCCUGAAAACGCCAAGCUUCAAGUUACGAACGGCAUUGAUGCGGUCAUUGUGGAUUCAGUUCUCGCUAUCCGUAAAGGAUUGACGACAUCUCCACCGUCAAGUUCCGUUUCACCAUUGAGUUUUGCGCAAGCGUCAUCCAGCCAGACACUGCAGCCACCUGCUGAUAUCAGCACACUCGAUAAAUCAAAUUCAUAG